AUGAAAACAUCUAGACUGGAAGAACAUACAGAUCAGGAUGACGAAAGGUCAUUGAACUUAUCAAUUCAAGCAGUGAGUAAGGAACAAACAAGUAUAGGAAGGAAGAGGAAGAUGUCAAGAGAACAUACGACUCACACAAGUGAGAAGCGGUUCAAAUGUAAAAUAUCCAAGAAAGAUUUCGCUGCACCAUCGAGUCUGCGUACACAUAUAAGGACUCACACAGGUAAGAAGCCGAUCGAGUGUAAAAUAUGCGGGAAAAUUUUCACCACGACAUCGACUCUGCGUAACCAUGUGAGGAUUCAUAAUGGUGAGAAGCCGUUCUCUUGUUCGGAAUGCAAUAUGAGUUUCACCCAGUCAUCGGCUCUGCAUAAUCAUAUGACGAUUCAUACCGCUAAGAAACCGUACACUUGUCCUGCAAAUGGAGUGCAGGAGAAAUUUCUCUCAAUCAGGUAA